GAGGUGCGGCCAAGACAGUCAAAAGGAAAAUGGAGAGGAAAAAGUUCAAACCUCACUAAUGCAAAGAUUGCUUUCGCUAGAGCAUGGGGUUGGUGCAGCUGCCUCUGACACUGGAUGGAAUCUAUAUGGGACUAUUAUCCUGGUGGAUUUGCGUUUUGUUCUAGGGCUACAACGUAAUGUAUUGGAAAAGCGAACAAAUGUUGGCUUGCCCCGAGGUGGAUGACAUUGAAAAUGGGUUUAACUCGACCUUCGACAGCACGGGCACAUCGGAUUACAUUUUUGGAGAUGAGUCGUAUUCACCAUCUUCGUCUUUGUCUUCCUUGACACCGCAGACGAUGGCAUCAGCCUCUCUGGGGAAAAGCCUUUGUGCAAGUUGUGGUUUGGAGAUAGUUGACAAAUACCUACUCAAGGUGAACAACUUGUGUUGGCACGUGAACUGCCUCUCGUGCAGCAUGUGCCAAACUCCUCUAGGAAGACAUGUCAGUUGCUACAUUAAAGACGAGGUGGUUUUCUGCAAACUCGACUACUUCAGGAAGUAUGGAACUCGCUGUGCCCACUGUGGCAGGAACAUGCACUCCAAAGACUGGGUGAGGAGAGCAAAGGGCAACACCUACCACCUGGCCUGCUUUGCCUGCUUCUCCUGCAAACGCCAGCUCUCCACGGGGGAGGAAUUUGCCCUGGUGGAGGAGAGGGUGCUGUGUCGAAUCCACUACGACUGCAUGCUGGACAACCUCAAACAGGCCAUGGAAAGUGGUGUUACUGUAGAGGGAGCCCCGCCAUCAGAGCAAGAAGGGUCUCAUCCCAAACCAGCUAAGAGGGCUCGCACUAGCUUCACCACAGACCAGCUACAGGUGAUGCAGGCCCAGUUUGCUCAGGACAACAACCCAGAUGCUCAGACCCUCCAGAAGCUGGCAGAGAGGACUGGGCUCAGUCGCAGGGUCAUUCAGGUUUGGUUCCAGAACUGUCGAGCUCGUCAUAAGAAGCAUGUGAGCCCUCAGCACCAUGUGCCAUCUGCAGCGAUGUCGUCACUACAGCAGUCCAGUCUUUCUCCGCCUCUUAUGGAGGAUCUACACUACACAUCCUACAUACCAACAGACACACCCGUGCUUACAGCACUACACACCUACAUGGAUGUGCACUCUCCCUCCUCCCUGGUGUUCCAGCCUCUUUUAUACCAUUCCAUGACACAGCUGCCAAUCAGCCAUGCCUGAUCUUCACACCCUGCGGAACCGGCCAUUACCAUUGGUUAGAAUGCUGAGGAGCCAAUGCGAUACCCCUGUCCAUUAAAGGGUGGGGUGCAAAAUUAUCUGCUAUGGGGAUUUAUUGAAGGAGAUCAAAUUCAGAUGUAAAAUAAGGUUAAUAUGUAAACUUGUUGUUGAUGUAUUGUACAUAUUGGUUGGCAUUUAAUUUAUUUGAGGUAUGUGACUGAGCACUUUGUAAAAAAAAAAAAAUGUAUUAAUAGAUUAGUUGUGUACACUGAACAAAAAUGAAAUAUGCAACGAUUUCAAAGAUUUUUUUCUGAGUUACAGUUCAUAAGGAAAUAAGUAAAUUGAAAAAUUAAUUGGGCACUUAUCUAUAGAUUUCAUAUGACUGAAUACAGCUAUACAGUGCCUUCAAAGUUAUUCAGACCCCUUGACUUUUCCCCAAAUUUUGUUACAUUAGCCUUCUAAAAUGGAUUAAAUAAAAAAUCCUCAGCAAUCUACACACAUGAGGUAAUGACAAAGCAAAAACAGGUUUCUAGAAAUGUUUGUAAAUUUA